CGUACUGUACAGGUGCACAUUUGACAUUUGUCAUUCAACAACUGAUAUCAGCUGUUCCAGACGCUUUGUCACUUUUUAUUGUUUGCCGGAGUAAAUUUGUAAAGAUUCUAUAAAUUGUUAACUGUGAAAGAAGUAAAAGAAAUCAAGCACGUUAAAAUGACUCAAGACAUACUAAUGAAGAAUGAUGAACCCACGACUACAAAUGAUGCCUCGCGUAAUCAGCUGAAGCAGUAUUGUGCGACUGCUAAAUCCUCCACAGGCAUGCAACUAUUGGAUGUCGUGCGCCAAGUGCUGGAGGCUUCUUCUAUUUAUGUAUUUGGCGAACUGCUUGCAUUGCCCAACAUACAAGAGCUUAAAGAUGGAGCUCACUCCAAGUACUUGAAUACACUAAAUCUAUUUGCUUACGGUACUUACAAACAAUACCGUCUACAGCCGGACGAAUACAUAGAAUUAACCGCUACAAUGCAGAAAAAAUUACAACAUUUGACUAUCGUUUCUUUGGCUAUUAAAAACAAAUGCAUCCCUUACGAAGUGUUGUUGGAGGAGUUAGAAAUCAAUAAUGUACGCCAUUUGGAGGAUGUUAUAAUUGAAGCAAUUUAUGCCGACAUUAUACACGGCAAACUUUUCCAAAACAACCGAUUUCUUGAAAUCGAUUUCGCUCAAGGUCGUGACAUACCACCUGGCUAUACCUCCAAGAUCGCCCAAACGCUAACGCAGUGGGUGGAGUCGUGCGACGCCAUCUCAAAUUGUAUUGACAUGCAGAUAACACGCGCCAACUCGGAGAAGGCGCGCGGUCUGAAGAACAAGGACCACAUCGAACAGGAGAUAAUUAAUUUGAAGAAAGUUUUGAAGACUCAAAUCAGCGACAACGAUGAUACUAUGCAAAUCGAUACGCGCGAAUCAUCCAGCUUGGAUCUGCGCCGGAAGCCCUUCAAGACGAAAGGUUCACGUCUACAUCACGCACCCAUGGGUAAGUUAACAGGCAAGACCUCAACGUCCAUAGAUGCAGGUGGCAGCAUAGUCAACGGCAGCGCUGCCGUCGUCGAAAGUGCUGGUGAUGGCGAAAGAGGAAUGGCAAACGUUACCAUGGCGGCUACAAGCACGAGCUCUCUCACCAGCACGUGGUUGAAGGCAUUCACACAAAGUUUUGACAAGGAGUAGCUUUGACAGUCGCAGCUGCUGCUGCUGCUGCUGUUGCUGGAGAAAAGGCUGCAGCACAACAAACUUCCAUCAAAAUCAACUUUUUGCCAUAACUAACAACUUGUACGCCUAACGGUCAAGCGUGCGUCAAUUGUGUGCACCAGCUUCAUUUAAUGGCUUGACAAGCGCCUUCGAGAUGACUAGACAGCUUGAAGCGCGUGCGUGGAGACAACUUCGGCGAUGACUUGAUGGCAGCACGUCACACAGUUUCAUUUAAUUAAGCGGCUUCAUUUUAAUUUUGUUAUGCUGAUGGUAGAAAGUUUUUAAUUGUUUACCUAGCCGUGCGGUAAUUGCGUUCAUUUUCAUUUGCAUUUGCUUUGCGCUCUUGCCUCGCUUGCUUCUUAUUCUCAUGUUUCGCACUUUUGUAGCAGCUAAAGAUUUUCUGUGAUUUUUUCUGUCUUAGAUGAGCUUUAUUUAAAUGAACAUAAACUUUCCGGUUAAAAAAACGGUACCGCAUUAGCGAAUUCCUUACGCGCUAAACUAGUAAAGCUAGUAGCUGAAAUGCAAAUUGUGUUGCCAUUUAUGUACUAACUUUCUCUGUGCAAUGUAUUUGAGUCUAAUUUAACUUUUGCUUUUAUUUAUUUUUCGGUUUCGCACAUCCCUCACGACUCACGACUCACC